UGGCUACCUCGUCCUCCUGUUUGCGGACACUUUUUCCCGUGUGUUUUUCUCGCCCAAAACCGACCACAGGGGGCAAGUGUUUCCGUUUUUCUAUCGUUUUAUGCCAUUGACCGACAUCAAACGGCUCAAAAUGUCCGACACGGUGAUUGAUUUAGUAAACGAUUCUGAAUCGGAAGACGUGAUUAUGAUCGAUGAUCAACCCGAAACCAGUGAGCCAAAGGAAGAAAAGCAAUCGAUGGAGACCAAUGAACAGGAGGAAGAACCGAAUGCCUCGGUCAACGAUACAGAUGAGGUGGAGUUUGUACCGAUCAGCCAGCAAACGCUUGCAGAGGAAAAGAAAAAUGCCGGAAAUGAAGAAUACAAAUCGAAACGCUACGACGAUGCGCUCCGUCUGUACACCGAAGCGAUAAACCUUAGCCCGGACACCGCAGCUUACUAUGGCAACCGUUCCGCCUGCCACAUGAUGCGCGGUGAUUAUCGAGCCGCACUGAACGACGUGAAAAAGGCCAUCAGCAUUGACGAAAAGUACGAAAAAGGAUACAUCCGAAUGGCAAAGUGUUCUCUCGUGCUUGGUGAUGUCGUUGGAACAGAGCAGGCGAUCCGGAAGUUUCUAAGUUUUGAUCCUUCGAAUACGGCUCUGAGAGAUGAAAUAACGCUGUUGAAACAACUGCGCGAUUUCAACGAGAAAGCAGCCGCAUGCUAUGAUUUGAAGGACUAUCGCACUUGCCUCUUCCACUGUGAUAACGCGAUCAAGAUAGCCCCGGCGAGCAUACAGAACAAACUCCUGAAGGCUGAAUGUUUGGCUAUGCUGCAUCGCUUCGAGGAGGCGGGCAACAUUGCAAUCACCAUCAUGCAAUCGAACAGCGCCAACGCGGAUGCGAUCUAUGUGCGUGGAUUAACUCUCUACUAUUGUGACAAUCUGGAGAAGGGCCUGCUGCACUUUGAACGGGCACUGAUGCUUGAUCCGGACCACAAGAAGGCAAAAGCGAUGCGCCAGAAGGCGAAACAGCUGAAAGAGAAGAAGGAAACGGGUAACGAGCUGUUCAAGACGGGCAAAUUCCGGCCGGCUUUGACAACGUACAGCGAGGCACUGGAGAUCGAUCCACUGAACAAGGACAUUAACAGCAAGCUGUACUACAACCGGGCGCUGGUAAAUUCGAAGCUUGGCAACCUUCGGGAAGCGAUUACCGACUGCACGAAAGCACUGUCGUUGAACGAAAAGUACAUGAAGGCGCUGCUUCAACGUGCCAAGCUACACUACAACAUGGAAAACUACGAGGAAGCGGUGAAGGAUUACGAGAAGGCGCUCAAGCACGACCGUUCAAUGGAGAUCAAGAACCUGCUGAAGGAUGCCAAGCUGCAGCUGAAAAAGUCAAAGCGCAAGGACUACUACAAAAUUCUCGGUGUCACAAAGCAGGCGUCGGAGGAUGAGAUCAAGAAGGCGUACAGAAAGCGCGCCCUGGUACACCAUCCCGAUCGCCAUGCGAACGCCACGGAUGAGGAAAAGAAAGAACAGGAACGUAAGUUCAAAGAGCUCGGUGAAGCUUACACGGUGCUCUCGGAUCCGGUGAAAAAAUCGCGCUACGACAGUGGGCAGGACUUGGAGGACAUGAGUGGUGCUGAUUUUGAUCCGCAGAAUGUUUACCGACAGUUCUUCUUCCCGAGCGACUUCUCCUUCGGCGGAUUUCCUGCAUCCGGUGGCAGCGGGCAGGGCGGAAAUUAUUCUUUCCAUUUUGGUUAAGGUCACCAAUGCGGUGAUUGUAGCAUAUUAGUUUAAGCAAAUCCAUAAAAUAAUCGUAGAGCAAGCGAUAAAGCAUAUAACAUAAAAAGUGGCAAAUCUUAUAUGUAUCAUCACUUACGUCGAUUGUCGGGUGUCCUUUCCUCGUUGGUCCUCCAAUUGGAAAUGAAUAUUUUCCUUUUUAUCGUUUUUGUUGGAACGAUCCAAUACGUCAUCUGGGCAAUGCAUAUUAGCGGCUUUUAUGCUGUCGCGUACUGAUUUUGUAAGUAGAAACAACCUACCCCAAUAGUUGAUUUCUACACAUUGUGCUUUAUUCCGAUUCUACGGCUUUUUUAAAAAACUAUCUUUUUUUUGUAACGAAAGAGAUUCCGUUGUUAGCAAGGAUAGUGUAGAUGAAAACAUUUUUUACUUGAAGUAAAGUGCAUUUUUUUUAUUCUUCGCAACCGAUUGGAGCAAGAACUGCGUUGCGUGUUGAUGGUGCGGUUAUCUUUUUCGCAGUGUGAUGAUCGUUUUUCGAAUCCCAACCGAGACCGGACCCUCCCUUGUACGAGGACUGACUAUCCACGUACAACAAGGAAAACAAGUCUAGUAAGCCCUUAGCGGGCAGGCAUGACCAAGAGAUCGUUCCGCCAAGAAGAAGAUGAUCGUUUUUAAUCGUUUUGUUUAUAGCAGAACAUACUUCAUAUAUCCAUGCAAAAAUGCAACGUUUUGCAAAAUAAAUGUUGCUGGCUUCUUAGCCAAAUUGAAGGCCCAUCGAAAGUGAUGUGUACCACUUAUGGAUUGAAAAUGGUGGACAAUUUUCAGUGGUUUUCCAGGUCAGUGGGAUUAUUUAAAACUCCCGUAACUGAAAACGGUUAGGAGAAAAUGUUGGUCUAAA